GCAUUCUGGGCGUGCGACAAGAUGGCGGCGCCCUUGCGCUAGUGCUGAGCAACAAUUCGUGUCGGCGAAGGAAAAAACGAGAGAAAAAAAGAAAGAAGCAAAAGUGAAAAUAUUUUACUUUUAUAUUCGCUGCGCCGGAAGCAGAAGACGACGAGAAGGCGCGCGCAGACGCGCUUGUUCGUGCCGGAGCGUUGAGUCCGCUAGAGUCAGCCUGAAUGAAAAUGAAAAUGACGAUGAUGAUGAUGAUGAUGAUGGCGGCGGUGGUGGUGGUGGUGGUGGGCCUGCGUCCGAUCCAUUACCCCUAACGAAGAAUCGUGCUCACGUUUCCCUUCCAAAAUAAAUAAAGUACAGUAAAAAAAAUAAAAACACCAGACGACUAUCAUUGGAUUUUUCUCGCGGCUCGUGCACGAGAUUUUGGACGCUGCCGUGUCGUUUGCAAGGAGCCUGAUGAAGAUGGACGUGGAGCUGCUUCACUCGCCCGCUGUGGCUCUCUCUGAGGAAGACGAGGCUGACAUGAGCGACUGGAACCUUCCUCUCGCCUUCAUGAAGAAACGCCACCUGGAGAAAAUCGAGGGCUCCAAAGCACUGGCACAGAGCUGGAGGAUGAAGGACAGGAUGAAAACAGUGAGUGUUGCACUCGUUCUCUGCCUGAACGUUGGAGUUGAUCCUCCAGAUGUGGUGAAGACGUCUCCCUGUGCCAGACUGGAGUGCUGGAUAGAUCCUCUCUCGAUGAGUCCACAGAAGGCUCUGGAGACGAUCGGGGCCAACCUGCAGAAACAGUAUGAGAACUGGCAACCUAGGGCGCGCUAUAAGCAGAGUUUAGACCCCACAGUGGACGAGGUGAAGAAGCUGUGUACAUCUCUGAGGAGGAACGCUAAAGAGGAGCGCGUCCUGUUCCACUACAACGGACACGGCGUUCCCCGACCCACGGUCAAUGGAGAGAUCUGGGUCUUUAACAAGAACUACACUCAGUACAUCCCUCUGUCCAUCUAUGACCUCCAGACGUGGAUGGGGAGUCCGUCUAUCUUUGUGUAUGACUGCUCCAAUGCCGGGAUCAUCGUCAAGUCCUUCAAACAGUUUGCACUGCAGAGAGAGCAGGAGCUGGAGCAGGUGGCGGCGAUAAACCCAAACCACCCUCUGGCGCAGAUGCCCCUCCCUCCAUCCAUGAAGAACUGCAUCCAGCUGGCAGCGUGUGAAGCUAACGAGCUCCUGCCCAUGAACCCUGACCUCCCUGCUGACCUGUUCACCUCCUGCCUGACCACGCCCAUCAAAAUCGCCCUUCGCUGGUUUUGUAUGCAGAAAAGCGCCAAGCUUGUGCCUGGAGUCACACUGGACCUGAUCGAGAAGAUCCCCGGGCGUCUGAAUGACAGGAGGACUCCGUUAGGAGAGCUGAACUGGAUCUUCACCGCCAUCACAGACACCAUCGCCUGGAAUGUACUACCUAGAGAUCUUUUUCAGAAACUCUUUCGUCAGGAUCUGUUAGUUGCGAGUCUGUUCCGUAACUUCCUAUUGGCUGAGAGGAUCAUGAGGUCAUACAACUGCACUCCGGUCAGCAGCCCCAGGUUACCGCCCACUUACAUGCACGCCAUGUGGCAGGCGUGGGACCUGGCCGUGGAUAUUUGUCUCUCUCAGCUUCCCACCAUCAUCGAGGAGGGCACGGCGUUCAGGCACAGUCCAUUUUUCGCCGAGCAGCUCACGGCGUUUCAGGUGUGGCUCACUAUGGGUGUGGAGAACAGAAACCCACCUGAGCAGCUCCCCAUCGUCCUACAGGUUCUCCUCAGUCAGGUGCACAGGUUGCGAGCGCUGGACCUGUUGGGCCGUUUCCUGGACCUCGGACCCUGGGCCGUCAGCCUGGCUCUUUCUGUAGGGAUUUUUCCAUAUGUGUUGAAGUUGUUACAGAGUUCAGCUCGAGAGCUUCGUCCUCUCCUCGUCUUCAUCUGGGCCAAAAUCCUUGCUGUGGACAGUUCCUGUCAGGCUGACCUGGUUAAGGAUAACGGUCAUAAGUACUUCCUGUCAGUUCUGGCUGAUCCAUAUAUGCCGGCCGAGCAUCGCACCAUGGCCGUCUUCAUCCUGGCAGUUAUAGUCAACAACUACAACACGGGACAGGAGGCGUGUCUGCAGGGGAACCUGAUAGCGAUCUGUCUGGAGCAGCUGAGUGACCCUCACCCUCUCCUGCGUCAGUGGGUGGCCAUCUGCCUCGGCCGAAUCUGGCACAACUUCGACUCGGCUCGGUGGUGCGGCGUCCGAGACAGCGCUCACGAGAAGCUCUACAGCCUCCUGUCAGACCCCAUACCUGAGGUACGCUGUGCUGCUGUGUUUGCUUUGGGGACAUUUGUGGGAAACUCAGCAGAGAGGACUGACCAUUCCACCACCAUUGACCACAACGUGGCCAUGAUGUUAGCACAACUCAUCAACGACGGCAGCCCCAUAGUCCGGAAGGAGCUGGUGGUGGCUCUGAGUCACCUGGUGGUUCAGUAUGAGAGUAACUUCUGCACAGUCGCUCUGCAGUUUAUGGAGGAGGAGAAGAACUAUGCAGCGCCCUCACCUGCUAACACUACAGAGGCAGGAAACGUGACUCCAGUGAGGGAGCGGGACAGUCCAGCGGUGCCUCGACUCCGCCCAGUUAACUCCUACACCAACAUCCGAGCGGCCAGCAGUGUCCGCAACCUCAACAAGAGCCUCCAGAACCUCAACCUCAACGAGGAAGGUGGCCCCGUGACCUUCUCCCCCGGUAACCUGAGCGCCAGCAGCAGUGCCAGCAGCACCCUGGGCAGCCCCGAUAAUGACGAGUUCCUCCUGUCCUUCGAGACCAUUGAUAAGAUGCGGAGGGUCAGCUCAUACUCAUCCCUCAACUCCCUCAUCGGUGUGUCCUUUAACAGUGUGUACACACAGAUCUGGCGUGUGUUAUUACACCUGGCCGCUGAUCCGUUCCCUGAGGUGUCUGACUUGGCCAUGAAGGUGCUGAACAGCAUUGCCUAUAAGGCUACGAUGAAUGCUCGGCCGCAGAAGAUCCUCGACUCGGGUUCUCUCACCCAGUCAGCACCCGCCAGUCCAACCAGCAAGGGGACACUCAUACACCAAGCAGGAGGGUCUCCACCCAUCCCAGGUGUGUCCAGUUCCAGCCUCACCAACGAUGUGCCAAAGCCUCCUCAAGCCCCGCCCACACGCCCCCCCUACACGCCCACUCUGGGCUCUCAGGCUCCGCCCCAUUCACACCAAUUCCCACGAUCACGCAAAAUGUUUGACAAGGGACCUGACCAGAUGGCAGAGGAUGGGGAUGAGACUCCCGCUCACAGGAACUUCAUCAGUGUGACUCUGCAGACCGGAUUGUGUGACUGGAGCGCCAAGUACUUUGCACAACCUGUCAUGAAGAUCCCAGAAGAGCACGAUGUGGAGAGUCAGGUGAGGAAGGAGAGAGAGUGGAGGUUUCUGAGGAACGCUGGAGUGAGACGACAGAGCCAGCGUAUCACACAGAGAGGAAUCACCCGAUUGGACGAUCAGAUCUUCAUUAACCGGAACCCUGGAGUGCCUUCAGUGGUGAAGUUUCACCCGUUUAACCCCUGCAUCGCCGUCGCUGAUAAAGACUCCAUCUGUUUUUGGGACUGGGAGAAAGGCGAGAGGUUGGAUUAUUUCUAUAACGGGAAUCCGCGCUACACUCGCAUCACAGCCAUGGAGUACCUGAACGGACACGACUGCUCGCUCCUCCUCACCGCCACUGAUGAUGGCGCUUUACGAAUCUGGAAGAACUUUGCUGACCAGCGGAACCCCGAGAUGGUGACGGCGUGGCAGGGUCUCUCAGACAUGCUGCCCACCACACGAGUGUGUGGAAAAGCGUUUUGGAAUUGCAGCGUGAGUCGGGACUCUAGAGAGAACCCCGGCUGCUCUGGUUUAGCUCGGCGGGUUUCAAUCUAUCUCGACAGAAGUAAGCAGGGAGGUGCAGGAAUGGUGGUUGACUGGGAACAAGAGAACGGGCUCCUCAUGACCUCUGGGGAUGUUCGUGUCAUCCGGAUCUGGGACACAGAGAGAGAGAUGAAGGUCCAGGACAUCCCAACAGGAGCAGAUAGCUGCGUGACGAGUGUGUCAUGUGACCCGCAGCGCUCCCUAGUGGUGGCCGGCCUCGGAGACGGCUCAGUUCGUGUGUAUGACCGCAGGAUGGGUCCAAAUGAGUGUCGUGUGAUGACGUAUCGGGAGCACGGUGCGUGGGUGGUGAAGGCUAACCUGCAGAGAGAGACAGACGGACACAUCAUCAGUGUUAGUGUAAAUGGAGAUGUGCGUUUCUUUGACCCCCGGUUGCCUGACUCCAUCAACGUGUUGCAGACUGUGAAGGGACUGACGGCGCUCGACAUCCACCCACAGGCCAACCUGUUCGCCUGUGGUUCUAUGAAUCAGUUCAUCGCGGUCUAUAAUUCCAGCGGUGAUGUCAUCAGUAAUAUUAAAUACUACGAUGGCUUCAUGGGGCAGAGGAUCGGCGCUAUCAGCUGCUUAGCUUUCCACCCAUACUGGCCGCACUUGGCUGUGGGCAGCAACGACUACUACAUGUCCAUCUACUCAUCAGACAAGAGACUGAGAUAACACGAUGACCUCUGACCUUCUGACCUUACAUGCCCCUACAUGGGCGGGAUGUAAAUGACUUCUUGUAUAUAUGCAACUACCACCAUGAAUGUUUAGUGAAGGCUGCUGAACUCUCACAGUCACUAUUGGAAUAACAACAGUAAUAAUAGAGUCAUCAUCACCAUUAUUAUUAUUAUUAUUAUUAUUAUUAUUAUUAUUAUUUUGGAGUUCUUGUUUGUAGACUUGGCUGUGCUGAGCAGUGUGUAUAUUUAAACUGCAAUUAUCAAAAACAGAUAUGUAUAUUUUACAGAUCAGUGAUGAGGCAGUGAAGUCGCCUUGCUUUGGAAUCUAAAAAAAAGGGGCGGGGCCUGGGGAAGGGGCAGGAAGUGCCCGGGGUACUCUUUACUAAUGCAUUAUAUUGAGAUACGGAAUGUAUAAGUGGGUGGAGUCUUGCUGUUAAUAUAUUAUGUGAGAUUUAGAGAUUUAGGGGUGCGGUCCACAUAGGCUUGUGGGGGCGGAGUCUUAUAACGAAUGUAUCAUGACAGUGGGUGCUGAAAAAAAAGAGUGUAGUCUUCGAGUGUAGCGAAUGCAUUAUUUGAUCGUAAAAAGGGGGUGGGCUCUAGGAGUGCAGGCUAGGAAUUGGGCGGAGUCUUAACAUAUGCAUUAUGAGAGACCGCAGACCUUAAAAGGGGGGCUGGAUUUAGAUAAUGCCUUACAUAAUGACCAUGAGAAAGUCUUGCUCUGAAAGUGGGUGGAGUCACACCAUGCAAUAAUACAUUGAUUGUCUACAGAAGGGUGGAGCCUGAGGGUUGUCUUUUGCCAAUGCAUUAUAUGAAAUUGUGAGUCUAAGGGGUGGAGUCUGAGAUCAUCAGACUGUAGGUGGGUGUGGUCAUGCUGUUAAUGCAUUAUAAAAUUAUCUGUUUAGAAAAAAAAGGGGGUGGUGUCUUAGAGAUUCUUGCUGGGGGUCUCACCAUUUGCAGUGCAUUAUAUGAGUGAAGUGGAUGAAAAGGGGGCGGGGUCUUGGAGUCAAGUGUCAGUAUUAAUGCAUUAUGUGGGUGGAGUCUCAGAGUAGGCGGUACCUGGGUUUGGGUGAGGUCAUAAAGGUUUGUCGAGCAGUGAGCACCACAGCUGCCUAACGCACGUGCACACACACAUACACACACACACACACACACACACAAACACACACAUCAUUCGAGCCAAACUCAUCAUUUAUACAUGUGCCGAUGUCACGAUUAUCAAAAGUAUUUCAUCACGGUUCACAAUAUUGGAUUUAAACAUGUCUCCUGUCAUCUAGAGGACAGUUUACCGUGUAGUAGAUGAUUUAUAUCGAGGUUUAUCAUACAGAAGAUUACUGCCCUGUGCCUAAUGUCCACUCUGUACCUUUAUGAGGAGGUUUUGACCUCUGACCUGCAUGUUUUCUCACACAGUUGCCUCUUAGCGCGUUCAUCUUAAUGUCUAAAAUGCAUGAAUGUGCCAAAAAAAAUGCAUAUAUUUUUCCGAUAAUACUCCUUCCUGAUUGGCUGGUGGAUGCGUGCCACACUGUUUGUGCAAGAGCUUUCACAUUUUAACACCAACAUACACUGCUACACAUUAUUAUUGAUCAGAAAUACACAAGAGCCAAUCGGUGCAUCAAUCUGGAGUGAGUGACUGUUGCAUAGAAAUUGCAUAGAACUCACGCUCGGGAAGCCCCGCCCCCUUGGAUCUCAUGCUGGUCGUCUCCCGUCUCGUCUUGAUUUUCCUAGUUGAAAGACGUCCUGAUUUACUGAUUAUUUUAACGGGAGUGAUUUUGUGAGCGAAUGCGUAUCAGGGGUAUAAUAAGCAUGUUAUUACAGAGGCUUUAUUACAUCUUUACAACACGUGACGAGUGUCAUUUCAGUACCAUCUGCCUACCUAGGGAACCUCCUCCUUAGGCAGGAGCUGUCCAUUUGGACGCAUUGAAGAAAUAGAAGAAAUAUAAAAAUGUGAACCGUGAUUAAAUAGUUGGACAGUUACCGUGACAACCUCAGCACCCGCUGAUCAUCAUCCUACACACACACACACACACACAUAUAUACAUAUAUAUGUGUGUGUAUGUAAAUAUAUACUCUUCACUCUGAUUCUGUCUUCUGCUUCCUUUCUGAACACUGCAGAGGGAUCUGGGGAACGGCGAACUGGUAACUGGGUGGAACCUAAAGGUUUCUGUGAGGAACCCAGUAGCCUGGUGUUUACCUGUAAUGCACCCCUUUAACACCCCUGAUCACUUCCUGUCAAAGGAGUGACCACGUAACUUUCAACAUGUGAAAGUCGCCAGUUCAACAGCAGCGCAGUGUGCCUCUGAUAAAUAGAACCUUUCACUGACCCUCGAGGCCACCAUUAAAGGUGCAGUAUGUGAUUUUAAACUUUAUUUCUAGACGUACAUCAAUCAAGAAAUUCUGCUCACCAAAACCGGAUAAAACCUCUCUGCUUUCACGGUCAGCUCUGCCAGGUUCUGUUUUCAGGCUUGUGCUUAAAUUCUUUAUGGUCCGUAAAAUUAGCUCCACCCCCAGCAGGAGCAAAAGCAGAGCAGCUUGGUCUCGGCUGGGGUUAUUUUUUUUUUCAGCACAUCUUAUGAGUUAGACGCUGUUUCAGCAGACAAUGUGCCGUCGUUUAUUAAGGAAAAGGAGGAAAUAUAUAUGGGUAAAAAACGUUUUCUCACAAGCAGCAGGGGGCGCUAAAUAUCGCAUACCACUGCUUUAAAACAUUUUAUUCGGUGGGAGAGUGUAAGGACGUGUUGAACUUGUGCAUUUUUUUUCUUUUGCACGCUGCUUGUUUUUUCGUCAUCGGCCUCGAUUUUGUUGAUGAUGUUUCAGCUGAGAGUGUUACAAACACACACACACACACACACACACACACACACACCCCUUACAUCUUAGCCUUCAGACAUUAACAUCAUCACAGCAUCCCAUGACAGCUUGACGGACUGUUUUCAGCAGCUUGAAAUGAAAGACUCUGCCCUCUGACCCGUGCCACGCCCACUGCAGCGCCCUCUGGCGGAGCGGAGGACUCCCCGACGCACACCGCACGACUAUCUUGCUAUGAGUUUUAAUGUUUUAGAUUUCAAAUGUAAAAAAAAAACAAAACAAAAAAAAACAAAGAGACGCUAGUAGAAUGAACUGAUGAAAUCAGAUGUUCUGUCUGUGACUGUAGACUGCUUUGCCGGCUGUGGUUUUUAUGACAGAUGAAGAAAUCGUUACAAUAAAACCAAAUACAUGAAUGAA